GGAGUAUUCUUCAAAACUCUUCUUCGGGUUUAUUACGGCAGCGCUUGUCGAGUCCCUUACUGGAUGGCCACAAGAGACCGCUGAAAACGGAUCAGCAGGCCGCGGCAACUACAUCAGCAGAAUCGCCUUCAGUAACAGAAACAUUAGAAGCUAGGUGUAGUUCACCAAAUGUGCAGCCACGGGGAUUCUUUUCGUCAGGUGGUGGAGGAGCCGGAAACCCCACGACGAACAACACGAAGCAACGAAGUUGGCUCUCUGUUCGCCUAGUGCCCCAUCCCACACCAUCCUCGUCGCCACAAAUUGAAGCAAAAACUCUACACAAAAGUCCAGCUUCACCUCCGAGCAAUCUUCAGGCGACCGUGGCUGCAGCUGGUAUGCUGGGGAGCGUCUCCUCUUCAUUCAGUCUUGCGCAAAAAAUGAUAAAAACGAUUCCUGCCACCUCGAUCUUGAUGGCAACAGAGUCGAGGUCGGAUUACGAUCAGGGUCAGAGUCGUGGUACCUUGAAGAUAGGUAGUAGGCCAGAAGUUGAAGAUGUAGCGACGGGAUCUAAUGGUGCUCUGUUGUGCUUUGAUGGCCUGGAAAAAUUGCAGGCACAGACUAGUACUAGCAGCUACGUCGCUCCACCGAAGCCACAGCUUGGUCUUUCCCUUUCUUCAUCAGAUGAGAGACAAGAAAAGCAAAACGGGGAUGCGACCUUGGAAUCUCAGAUUCCGAUGCGCUCAGAGUCCAUUAUAGUGCGAAUUUCUACACCAGAAAUGCAAGCAGAAUUCAAACCGCACGCGAAACAUGGAAGCUUGGACGUGAAAGCCUUGACGGCU